AUGAGCAGCAGUCAUCUUUCCAUUUCAGCGCCCGCCGUUAUCAUCAUCGUCUCUAUUGUGCUCCUGCUCAAUUCUCAUGUAGGGUCGUGCAGCUGCUACAAGCGAAUCUUCGGCUUCGGCGACGGCACCAUGGACACCGGCAAUUUCGUGCACAUGCUUGGGAAGGCACCGUCUAGGCUCAAGGAGCUCCCCUACGGCAAGACGUUUUUCAAGAAUGCAACCGGCCGCAUGUCGGAUGGUCGUGUCCUCAUUGAUUUCUAUGCGCAAGCGCUCCAGUUGCCACUGAUACCACCAAUUUUACCCGAGAAGGACUCUGGACAGUUUCCACAUGGUGCCAACUUUGCGGUGAUGGGUGCCACAGCUCUAGGCGCGCCGUUGUACCCAGGGAGCAGUCUCUGGUGUCUAGGUGUGCAAAUGGGUUGGUUUGAUGAAAUGGUGUACCUUAGAGCUACUGGAGAUGAUGCCAGGAAACAUUUUCUAGGCGAUUCUGAUCUCGUCCUCAUGGGUGAGAUUGGCGGCAAUGACUACUUCGCAUAUUUCAAUGCCGGUAAUAAACCGAACGGCAACGCAGCUGACGAACAGAUUACAGAUGUCCUCACAUACAUUAUGCAUUUCGUGGAGGAGCUUAUUCUCGAUAGUGGUGCGAAAGUGUUCGUGAUCCCCAACAAUUUUCCUGUCGGGUGUUGGGCGUCGUAUCUGAGCAGGUUCCACAGUGACAACCCAGAGGACUACGACGAGCACAAGUGCCUUAGAUGGUUAAACAACUUCACCCAAAAACACAACGAAAGGCUUCGUUGGGAAGUCAAUAGGCUCCGCAACUUUUACCCCCAUGUGAAGCUAAUUUAUGCUGACUACUAUGGCGCUGCCAUGGAAUUCAUCAAGAAUCCAGGCAAAUUUGGUAUAGAUGAUCCUAUAGUCGCAUGCUGCGGGGGCGAUGGCCCAUACCACACCAGCAUGGAGUGCAAUAGCACGACAAAGAUUUGGGGUGACCCAGGCCGCUUUGCCAACUGGGAUGGCAUGCACAUGACAGAGAAGGCAUACAACAUCAUCGUGCAAGGGGUGAUAAAUGGACCGUUCGCUGAUCCUCCAUUCCCGCGGAGUUGCUAG